GGAGCAGCAGCAGCGGCGGGAGGAGCCGGAGUCCGAGCCAGAACCAGAGCUGGAGCUGGAGCAAGAACGCGAGUAGGAGCAGAAGCAGCCGCCGCCUCAACAGCAGCAGCAGCAGUAACCACCUUAGUUAAGCGAUUCGAGGUCCGGAGAGACCAACUUGCCCAGCUCCUCGCCGCUGCAGCCGGGGAAGCAGCCACACUAUUGUCUCUCACCGCCGGGAAAGUGGGGAGCAGCGCCGGCUCGGCCCGCGGGGGAGUCCCGGGCGCCGCACGUGUUCUGGGUCAUGAAACUUAAUCCACAACAAGCUCCGUUAUAUGGUGACUGUGUUGUCACAGUGUUGCUUGCUGAAGAGGAUAAAGUCGAAGAUGAUGUAGUUUUUUACUUGGUGUUUUCUGGCUCCACUCUCCACCACUAUACAAGCACCAGGAAAGUGAAUCCUGAUACCUUGGAGACAAUUGCUCCUGGUCAUGACUGCUGUGAGACAGUGAAGGUUCUGCUCUGUGCUUCCAAAGAGGGACUCCCUGUUUUUGUGGUGGCUGAGGAAGAUUUUCGCUUCAUUCAGGAUGAAGUAUAUGAUGCUGCCCAGUUCCUGGCAACCAGUGCUGGCAACCAACAGGCUCUGAACUUCACCAGGUUUCUGGAUCGAUCAGGACCACCCUCUGGAGAUGUGAACACUCUAGAUGAGAAGGUGGCGCUGGCAUUCCGACACCUCAAACUGCCAGAAGAAUGGAACGUGCUGGGAACAGACCCAACUUUGAACGAUGGUGGCCCACGGGAAACAUUAAUGCAUUUUGCAGUGAGACUGGGACUGCUGAGGUUAACUUGGUUUCUGUUACAGAAGCCAGGUGGAAGAGGAGCUCUCAGCAUCCACAACAGUGAAGGAGAGACUCCCGCCAGCCUGGCUUUAGAACGGGGCUAUCAGAAGCUUCAUCGACUUUUGACAGAGGAGAAUGCUGGAGAACCUGACUCGUGGAGCAGUUUAUCCUAUGAAAUACCUUAUGGGGAUUGCUCUGUGAGACAUCACCGAGAGUUGGACAUUUAUACAUUGACAUCUGAAUCAGAUGAGGAAUCCCUACACCCUAGAGACAGUCGGACAGGACAUAUUUUUAAACUCAGGAACAUCCAGCAGCAGCUUAUGAAAACAAACUUCAGACAGACAGAGGAUCGUAUCCCUUUAAUGAUAACAUCACAGAACCCUCCACCUACUCACAGUGUCCUGGAUGUGGAUGACCAGCAGCAUUCUUCUCCACUGGGACUUGGAGGCAGGGACAACCCUGACCACAAAGGGGACCCAGUUAGUUUGGAUGAAAAGUCAGAUGAUCUUUCAAACCUGACGAGCAAAGGGAAGACAGAUUGUUCCUGUAGAAGGAAAGAUAAAUGCGUGGAGAGAAAAGAGGAAGAGGUGGAGCCAGCACAAUUUGUAGUCUCUGAGAUUGUGUCAGAGAAAGACAGAUGCUUACAGAGUACACCUGCUAGCGUGAAUAACACAGAAGACCUUACAUCCUUUGGAAAUACAAAUGAGGAAACUGGAAUGACAUCUCCUGGAACUGUGUUGGACCAUGAACACAUGAGCAGUGGAGAUGGUGCCACAGGGGAAGUACAUAUCAGUGAGUGGAGCCAAGACGAAAAUGCCCCUGGAGCUGACGGGGUCACCAAUUCAGAAGCAGAGUGCACAACUCCAGAAGCAACAGAGAAAGUGGAAUGUGAUCUCAGAAUUCCUGAGGCCACUCUCCAGAAGAGUCUGUGUGAAAUGCAAGAAAGUAAAACUGAUAGACUUAAUGAGAGCUCCAGUGUCAGCAGAGCUGGAACCCUGGAUGUAGAAAGAAACAGUGGCCCUGUGGAGGAGCCCAGUGUUCCAAAUGGCAUUGACUCUCCAAGUUCCUUAGACAGCAAUGAACAUCUUCAGCCUUCAUCUACAAUUGGUAAAGGAGAAACCAUUACUAAAGAAACUGUGCCAGGAACCGAAACUUCAAGCAGAAGUAGCAAAGAGAACUCAGAUCCUGUAGCAGAGAACCAGGGAGUUGGGGAUCAACACUCCCUUAUCAUUUCAUCUUUAGCAAAAUAUGCCACUGGUCAGGAAGAGGUAUUGGAAGAGUUAGAAAUGGAUUCUUCUUUAACCAGCAUGUGUAAGACAGGCUCACCUUCUGAUUCAACUUUGACCAGCCCAGAAAAAGAGCCAGUUUUGAACCAGACAUCAAAAGGCAGCUCAGCUCAAGACCAAGAUCAGGAAAUUGAAUCAACCAUCUGCUGCACAACGGAAGAGGACGAAUUUAGUUUUGAUUUCGUACGUCAACAGAAUUCAGUGACUCCUCUUGGAGACAUGGAAACAGAGAGCAAGGAUGGCAAACCCAUCCAUUCCAAGGAUGUGAAGGGGAAUUCAUCAAAUUCACCUGCUGAAGUUCAGAUGAAAGAAUCUUGUUUGAGUGAGGGAGUCUCUGAUCCUGAAGGAGAUAACCAGGGAUCUGAAGUUCCCCGUUCUAUAGCAAUUUUAAAUGAAGGUAACCUAACACAGGAUUUAAAACUGGACACCCCUUCACCCCCCAGACAUAAAUCAGUUUCACCUCCUCACCCAGCCUUGCUCGAAGCAAAAGAAAGUUUUAUACUGAAUCAGGCAAUGGCAUCUGAAAAUAAUUUUACUCAGCCAGACAGGCCCUCGAUUGAAUCAGUAACUGAAGAUGAUGCGAUUUCUUUUGUUCCCUCCCGGCAAGAAAAGGGAACAGCAACUCCUGAAACAAAGGCAGAAGAAUAUCUCUGUGGCCCAGCACUAGAGCUCUGUGUGCCCAACAAACUGCCGACAGAAGACAGCUCAGUGAGCCUGCCAUCUUUUCUUCCUGCUCCUGAUUCUCAGCUAAGUAUGGGAAAUUCCAUUUCUGUAGAAGGGGACAGUGGGGUUGAAGGUCUUAGUGACAAGACAGUGGAUGUGUUAGAAUCAGAUUCUUCUGCACCCAGUGAAAGGACAAGUGUUUUACCUGCCGAUUCAGCUUUGUCCAGCAUGGACGAGGAGCCAGUGGGGCCAGAAAGUACUGUAGUUCAGGAACAAGAUAAAGAAAAUGAAGCAGCUGCCUGUUCUGUAACUACAGAUGAUCCACUUUGUUCAAUUUCCUUGCCUAAAGAGGAGACGCCACCUCCUGGAGAAGAGACAUCAGAGCUUGGUGAUCAACCUGUCUUAGACUCAUGUGCUGAGGGCAGAAUACUUAAACACAAUAAUAAUUCAGUGGGCACACCCUCUGCCAUUCUCAAUGCAGAACCUGAACAAAACAAGGAAGUGGCUGCAAAAGUUUCACUGCGAGCUGAGCAAAGCAUAGUUGUACAGUGCCAGGUGCCAUUAGAAGCUGGUUUGUCUGCAGACAGGCAGGGGACGUUUGGCUCUGGAGAGUGCAGCUUGCCAUUGCCGGCAGUGACAAACAAAACCAAAGCUGACCCAGAACAAGAUAGAUCUGAGGCUUGUGACAGGGAAAAGUCAGUGGCUGCAAAAUCUGAAGUAAAAGAGACUCAGUCUAAAAGGGACUUCUCCUCUUGUGAAGAGAGUAGAAAUGUAACUGUGGAUUCCAGAGAGGAGGCUACCCAGGAUCCUUCUGUGUUGGGGACAAAGGAGAUACCUAGGGGCCACCAGGAUGUUCUGGUACAGAAAAACAUGGCAGACCAAGAGAAUGAUAUAAUCUUGGGCCUACCAGGAGCCCCACCAGAAGGUGAGAUCUUGGAGAAGCAAACUGUAAUCACAGAAGUGCUGCCUACUGGUAAGGAGAAAGGGGAGGCAAAUGAAACUGUCCCCAUAGUAAGACAUCUGAAGGAAGUGGAGGUAGACAGUGUAGUACCAAGGGUGUUGCUACAGCCCAUUGCUGAAGAGCUGCUGCCCUGUGAGAACGACGUCACUGGGGACAUGGUGCCCUUGGCAGGUGAGGGCGACACCACCCCUUGUGUGGGCAAAACCAAGGAAACCUUGCCUGAUGGGGAUGGGGCUGAACAAAAGACAAGCUUCCGAGAUGUUCCUUCUCAAAGUCUGCCUAUUCAGGCCGAUGCUUCAGAUUCACUGGAGAGAGAAAACCUGAUAGAGGAAACUGCCAACCAUUUGGUGGAUACUAUUCUUGAAAAAGUGAGAGCUACAGGUGGGGCGCUCGCCGUGGGAGAGGGCGGUAGCCCUCCACAGUGUGAUACUACUAAGCCAAACCCUGUUGCUGAGGAGCUAGAGGAAAGUGCUGCUGCAGAAGGGCCUUGGGUGACUCCAGAAGAUGGACCUGCUAAAGGAGAAUUAGUUGUAAACUCAAAAGUGUGGACAACCAAAAAAGAAGAACGGGAAAAGGUUCCUGGACACUCCCAAGAAUCUGAACCUGUGGCAGAAAUGCCAGACAUGAAAGCAGAAGAUGAAGUGGAUUUUCUGGAUAAUUCCAGGAAGGACUCAAUUUCUGAAGAAAUGGAUGUAGCUAAGCACAAGACAAAGCACACUGUAAAGACUCAGAUGAUAAACCGGGAAAGCUGGUGUACAAUAGAGCCAUGCCCAGAUCCGUCACUGUUGGCUUCCAAACAGAACCCAGAAUGCGAGAACUUCUUGGAAGUUGGACUGGGUGGCAAGUGUGCCUCCUCCCAGGGUGUACUUAAAAGACAAUCUGGCAGUGAUUCUGACCUCUUCCCUUCACCCAGUGAUGAAAUUGAUGACGGCAUUAUCUUUCCAAAGCCUGAAGAGGAGCAAUCAGUCUGUGAUGUCACUGGGUCCAGCUCUUCCACAGAUGACACAGCCUCCCUGGACCGGCACUCUUCCCAUGGCAGUGACAUCUCCCUCCCCCAAAUUCGGAACCUGAACAGGACCAAGGAUCGGCAGAGCCUCGAUGGGUCCUAUAGCCACACGGUAGGAGUUGAAAGACAGGAAAGUGAGAGUGAACCUGCUGGCUCAGGUGAAAUGGAAGAAGAGGAGAUGGAUAGCAUCACCGAAGUGCCCACAAACUGCUCUGUCCUGAGAAACUCUAUGCGUUCUCUGUCCCCUUUCCGGAGACACAGCUGGGGACCAGGGAAAAAUGCCGCCAGUGAUGCUGAGAUGAAUCACCGAAGUUCAAUGCGAGUUCUUGGGGAUGUUGUAAGGAGGCCUCCCAUUCAUAGGAGAAGUAUGAGCUGGUGUCCCUCUGGCGUACAAUACUCUGCUGCCCUGAGUGCUGACUUUAAUUGUAGAAGUUUCAGUUUAGAAGGCCUAUCUGGAGGAGCUGGGGACAGCAGUAAGCCAUCCUCAGCUUUGGAUGCAAGCUCAAAAGAGCUGAGGCAAAGCCCCUUCAGUGGCGAGGAACGUGGUGACUCUUUGGUGUCACUCACUGAAGAGGACCUGGAGGCAGACCAGAGAGAGCACAGCAUGUUUGACCAUAAGCCACACCAGAGAUCCAAGCAACAAGGGUUUAAUUAUUGUACAUCAGCCAUUUCUUCUCCAUUGACAAAAUCCAUCUCCUUAAUGACAAUUAGCCAUCCUGGACUGGACAAGGCCCAGGAGCAGAUACAGCCAGCAAGAAGGAUUUCCUUCUCCGUCAGCAUCUCUCCACUUCUCCUUAAGUCUAAAACUGUCUUUUCUCUUGGCUCUUCUUCCAGUGAUGAAGAGGAGAAGUUGCAUAAUUCACGACCCUUCCACAAUACCAGUGCUAAUUUGACUGAAAGUGUAACUGAACAGGCUUUUAGCUUUGUUCCACAAAGCCCCUCCAAGAAAGAUUUUGAAGAGAAAAGUGGAACAAAAGUCAGUCGCACUUUCAGCUACAUCAAGAAUAAAAUGUCCAGCAGUAAGAAGAGCAGAGAGAAGGAGAAGGACAAAGACAAGAUUAAGGAGAAAGAUAAAGAUUCCAAAGAGAAAGAGAAGGACAAGAAGACGUUGAACGGACAUACAUUUGCUUCCAUCCCUGUUGUGGGGCCAAUCAGUUGCAGCCAGUGUAUGAAAGCUUUCACCAACAAAGAUGCUUAUACAUGUGCAAAUUGUGGUGCUUUUGUCCACAAAGGCUGUAGAGAAAGUCUGGCUUCUUGUGCAAAGGUCAAAAUGAAGCAACCCAAAGGAAGUCUUCAGGCCCAUGACACUUCCUCACUUCCUACAGUUAUUAUGAGGAAUAAACCCUCACAACCCAAAGAACGCCCACGUUCUGCAAUUCUUGUGCCUGAUGAGACCUCUGUGGCCCCAUUGUUCUCUAGCAGGCGGUCGCAGCAGUGUGCCUCACUUUCCAAAAGUGUCUCUAUACAGAAUAUUGCUGGAGUUGGCAAUGAUGAGAGCAUGGCAAACACUUGGAAAUUCCUGUCCCAUUCAACAGACUCUUUAAAUAAAAUCAGCAAGGUCAAUGAGUCCACAGAAUCACUCACUGAUGAGGGAACUGAUAUGAAUGAAGGGCAACUCAUGGGAGAUUUUGAAAUGGAUUCCAAACAGCUGGAGGCAGAAUCCUGGAGCCGGAUAGUAGAUAGCAAGUUUUUGAAACAACAAAAGAAGGAUAUAGUCAAGCGGCAAGAGGUGAUUUAUGAGUUGAUGCAGACAGAAUUACAUCACAUCCGCACUCUGAAGAUCAUGAGUGAUGUGUAUAGCCGAGGAAUGAUGACAGACCUACUCUUUGAGCAGCAAAUGGUGGAAAAGCUGUUCCCAUGUUUGGAUGAACUCCUCAGUAUCCACAGCCAGUUCUUUCAGAAAAUUUUGGAAAGAAAGAAGGAAUCCCUGGUGGAAAAAAGUGAAAAGAAUUUUCUUAUCAAAAGGAUAGGCGAUGUCCUUGUGAAUCAGUUUUCAGGUGAGAAUGCAGAGCGCCUAAAGAAAACAUAUGGCAAAUUCUGUGGUCAGCACAACCAGUCUGUGAACUAUUUCAAAGACCUUCACACUAAGGAUAAGCGCUUUCAGGCCUUUGUAAAGAAGAAGAUGAGCAGUGCAGUUGUUAGGAGGUUGGGUAUCCCAGAAUGCAUUUUACUUGUAACCCAGCGCAUUACCAAAUAUCCAGUUUUGUUACAAAGAAUAUUACAGUGUACCAAAGAAAAUGACUUAGAACAGGAAGAUCUGGCCCAGUCCCUGAGCCUGGUGAAAGAUGUGAUUGGAGCAGUGGACAGCAAAGUUGCAAAUUAUGAAAAGAAAGUCCGUCUCAAUGAGAUUUACACCAAGACAGACAGCAAGUCAAUUAUGAGGAUGAAGAGUGGACAGAUGUUUGCCAAGGAAGAUUUGAAACGAAAAAAGCUUGUUCGAGAUGGGAGUCUCUUCCUGAGGAGUGCAGCAGGGAGGCUGAAAGAAGUUCAGGCAGUUCUACUCACAGACAUUCUGGUUUUCCUUCAAGAAAAAGACCAGAAGUAUGUCUUUGCAUCACUGGACCAGAAAUCAACGGUGAUCUCAUUAAAGAAGUUGAUUGUACGAGAAGUGGCCCAUGAAGAGAAGGGCUUAUUCCUAAUCAGUAUGGGAAUGAAGGAUCCAGAGAUGGUUGAAGUCCACGCCAGCUCUAAGGAGGAACGAAACAGUUGGAUUCAAAUCAUUCAAGAUACUAUCAAUACCCUGAACAGAGAUGAAGAUGAAGGAAUCCCCAGUGAAAAUGAAGAAGAAAAGAAAUUGUUGGAUGCAAAAGCCCGAGAAUUAAAAGAGCAACUCCAACAGAAAGAUCAGCAGAUCUUAACUCUGUUGGAGGAAAAGGAGAUGAUUUUCCGAGACAUGACAGACUGCAGUACACCCUUAUCAGAGGACAGUUCACCGACUCAUGGCUCCAGGGUACUAUUCAGGUCCAACACUGAAGAGGUUCCAAAAGGAGGGCCCAUCAUGAAAAGUGCAAUAAAUGAAGUGGAGAUGCUACAAGGCCUGGUGAGUGGCAGCCUUGGGGGCACACUUGGACAGUCCAUCAGCAGCACCUCAGAGCAAGAAGGAGGAAUAGUUGGCCCAGUUUCUUUACCUCGGAGAGCAGAAACCUUUGGAGGGUUUGACAGCCACCAGAUGAAUGCCUCAAAAGGUGGUGGUGAAAAGGAAGAUGGAGAUGAUGGCCAAGAUCUUCGGAGGACAGAAUCAGACAGUGGUCUAAAAAAGGGUGGAAAUGCUAACGUGGUAUUUGUAUUGAAAAGAAACAGUGAGCAAGUUAUCCAGAGUAUUGUUCAUCUCCAUGAACUUCUUAGCACUCUGCAGGGUGUGGUGUUACAGCAGGAUAGCUACAUUGAGGACCAAAAGUUGAUGCUCAGUGAGAGGGCAAUAACCCGGAGCUCCUCCAGACCGAACUCUCUGAUUGAGCAAGAAAAGCAGAGGAGCCUAGAAAAGCAGCGACAGGAUCUGGCCAGUCUGCAGAAGCAACAGGCUCAGCACCUGGAGGAGAAACGCAGGCGGGAGAAAGAAUGGGAGGCCCGAGAGAAAGAGCUGAUGGAGCGGGAAACACGGUUGACCCAAUGGGAGGAGAAAGUCCAACGGGGGCAGCAGGACCUGGACAAGGACCGAGAAGAGCUCCAGCAGAAGAAAGCAGCAUAUCAGUCUGACCUGGAGCGGCUCCGAGCCGCCCAGAAGCAGCUCGAGAAGGAACAAGAGCAAGUGAAGAGAGAGAUGGAGAGAUUAACCCAAAGGCAGGCGGAGCAUGAUGCUAAUCAGGUUUCACAUCAACACAGUAAAUUGAUGCGGAUCCCAGCCUUCUUCCCCAAUCCUGAAGAACCUUCCCAGCUAACAGCAUCUUCCAUAUCACAAUCAGGGUCUUUGGACUCAGAACUUUCUAUAUCCCCCAAAAGGAACAGCAUCUCCCGGACACAUAAAGACAAAGGUCCGUUCCACUUACUCAGCUCCACCAGCCAGGCAAGUAAAGUAUCAGAGGGGCAGAGCCAAAUCCCGGUCUCCACCUCUGCCUCCACACGCCUCUUUGGUUUAGCAAAGCCAAAGGAAAAGAAGGAGAAGAAGAAGAAGAGCAAGGGAGGCCGUUCUCAGCCAGGUGAUGGCCAUUCACCUGAAGCACCAGCAGAAGGUGAAGAGAUUUUCUGUUGAUGGUUGAAUUUUUUGUUCUACCAAGAUAGAAACUAUUAGAAUCUGACACCAUCAUCACCAGCUCUGCCUUCUCCACUGUUAGCACAUGAGCUUUACACGACGGGAACUUUCCUUCUCUUUGUUGUUAAGAAACACAUGACAGUGCUCUCCUGGAUCCUGGAUUUGAUGGAAAUAAUUAAAUUGAGUAUUGGGGCAGGGAGGGGGACCCAAUCUGUGACUUGUUGAAUACCAAGGGCUUGAGGGUGAAGGGGGUGGGCAGUACUCGGCUCAGGAUGUAAACAGCUAUCACCAGCCCUAGUGUGUGUAGGAGGGUUUACCAGGUCACAAAAUCCUUCCUUGGAUGUUAAAAGUAUGAAAGCAUACAUGUCUCCAAAUUUGUUUUAUCAGGAGAUGACAGCUAAAAAACAGCAUGCCAUUCAGUCCUUGCAGUGUGACCUGUAUGUAUGUACACAUGUACGGAUUUCAUGUGUAUACACAUAUAUCUGUAGAGUUGCGCGUAGCAUGUAGAGAGAAGUUGGGUUAGCUUAGCUCAGCCCAAAAGGAAGAUACCUGAUGAUUAUCAGGUAGCAUGUAGAUAUUAAAUAUCUCACCCUUUGGUUGCCCUUUCUCCCCAUUCCUUGCACUCUUCCUUCCUGUUUUGCCUGUAUUUCUUCAUUUUAGGAGGGAGAUCUGAUUAUGGUAUGGAAAGAAAGCCUUAUAUUUGUAAUUGGGUGUAUUGUGCAGCACCUGGAUAUUGACGGUUUGCUGGGAUCCCCAAAGGAUGGUAUUCACCUCUAUCCUUAUAUUCCAGAGGGGCUUAGAAAAAUGAAAACUCAUCAGUUGGCUUUCCAAAAUGUUUGUCUGCACAGAUGGCACAUAGUUAUCACCUACCAAGGGAACACAUCCUGUGUCAGCUUUUAUUUUCUGAGCAAGAAGACAUUUGUUUGUUUGUCACUGAUUAACCAAAUCUGGUUGACAUCUCCUGGAACUAUUCCUGAGAACCUUCCAUGUGAAGUAACUAAUGUUCCUGAUCCUAGUAAGUUUUACUGGACUGGAUGACAGUCCUUUGCUCCAAAAGAGUGUCGUGGCAGCAUUCAAAACCGGCAGCCACUCCCUUGCUCUCUAAGCCUGACUUUUCCAGUGAAGCGUAUUAGCAUCAAAGAUAGGCAUCACCUGUACUGUGGUCCAGCUGUAUGUAUUCAUCUCCCAGCCCCAUGCCACAAGUAUCAGCUGGCUACCAAAGAGCUCCAGGCUCAGGAAGUGAGGACAGACACAUUGGCGUUUGUGAGCCCAUGUUUUGGCAUUUCGUGAAUAAAGAUAAGAAAGGGGCUGAUAGAAAACGAAGAAAAAAUAUGGUUUCUGAACUCAGUGUUGAGCAGAGUUCUUCAGGAGACCUUAGUGGAUUUUGAAUUGUUGAGAACAAAAAAGAAAGAAGGAAAAGAAGGUAGAGGACAAUUCAAUGGCUACUGUCUCCUUACUGUUUUGGAGCAAGUAAUCAUCCCUGAUGCUUUUUUUUUUCUCUACUAUGUUUUGAUUUGUGUUUGCUUGAAGCUUUCCCACUAGCUGUUCCCUUGAGAACAGCUCAUUGGCUGUUUUUUUUUUCUUUUUUUUCCCCCUCCAAAUCAACCACAAUAGUAGCCUUUGAAGGCUUCACAUACAGUAUGUGGUCCUCACAGUACAGGAGGACUGCAAAAUAUUCUGUUCUUCAAGUGAGGUCCUUGACACCCAUUUCCCAUCAGGAGCAUGGGGGCUUUGAAAGUACUUUUUUUUUCUUUUUCUUUUUUAAACAAAACUAUUACUUGGUGCUUGUUAAUGAGUUGCAAGCUGGCCUUGCAGAUUGGAGAUAUUUAUCUUUCUGUUUUUUUGAAAGAAGUCUGGUUUAAAAAAAUUUUAGUUUAGUUUUAUUUAUUUUUAUUUUUUUUAAGGAUAUACAUAAUAUCCCAAUGGUUAGAACUCUGUCUCACUAAUGCAAAAAGUGAGAUGGUACCACUUCUCACUCCUCAGUGUGCUACUUAAAAUGAGUAAAUCUUUCACCUGGGGCUGCCUUUAAGGCGGAGUAACUCUGGAAGAUGAAAAUGAAGAGGGAAAAGGAAAGAAUUGUACUCCUUUUUUUCUCCCUUCCCAUCUCUCCCUUCUUCAUUUCUAGACAAAGAGAAAAAGGACUAUCUCGUUUCUUGGGUUAAGAAUUCAAGAAACUUGCCACCUCUUAACUCUAUUUCUUCCCUUUGCCUUCUUGUGCUUUCCUACCUUUCUGACACAGGGAUAUAAAAUCAGAUCUGUUCUGUGAUUCUUCAGCAAGAAUUCACCAAAACAAAAAUACAGAAAGCAGAGUACUUACUGCAUUCCCCAUGCACCCUUAGAUUAAAGAAUGUUUGUUAAGGGGAGACUUUGAGCGCCUACAAAGUGGAAACAAAGUAACCCGUAUCAAAUCCACUAUUACAGAACUUUUUUUUUCCAUGCUAGCUAAAUGGGUCCAGCCGUUUCCUUAGCAUCCCAUGCCCCACAGUGUCUUGAUCUCCCAUAAAUAGGAUAGCAUGGUCUUAGAAGGACAGAAGAAUGAAAAGAACUCAGUUCUCAGCUAGGCGGCUUCAGCCCCAAUGUAAAUACAACUACAGUAUGUGCAAUAUUGAAAUGAAAUUGACAUUUCUAUAGCUCCUCUGUAUCAAAAUGUGUAUAGUAAGCUGUCCGUAUGCCUCUUCUUCCCCCCCCCCCAUACUCCUCAAGGCAGAUCUGGGUUUAAAAGAGAAAAAAGUGUUAGUACUGAUAAAAUUUCUCUUCACAAACGGACUGUUCUAAACAGAAACACAUUUAAAUAAUUAUACAUUGCUGCACAAUUUGAUCUAGUUUGAUUUGAAAGUCCCCAUUAAGUUGUAAUAUUUUGUUUAUUUCUUUUAUUUGGGAAAUGGGGACUUUUUUUUUAACUUAAAACCACUGAUUUGGUUCUUAUUAGACAAAUUUAGAACCAGGACACAGGUAGCUAGUCCCCCUGCACUUUACCCAGAACUACCCAACUUAUGCAUGAUUCUAAUUACUGUGUUAAGGGAAGUCCACUUUUCCAGAAUGUCCACUUCUGUGUGCCUUUGUUAGCUCUUAGCCCCUUUGAAAUGGAACUCUCAGUGUAGUUUCACUCUGAGUUUAGGGAAUUAACUUGCUGCUUAUGCUUUUUACUUGGUGUGAAAUUCACCUUGAGAUCUGAUCCUGGUAACUAAAAAAUGGAGGGAAGUUGGACUGAUGCCAUCUGGCUUCCUGUACUGUGACAAGGUUUAGUUUUUAUGGUUACUUGGUUUUUGGGUUCUGCAGUUUUCCUUGCCCCUGGUAUAGGAUGAUAUACUUCCCUGCCAGGACAAAGCAAAGAUGCCGAAGUGGGGAUUGGUUAUCAGAUUAUCAGAGUAUUUGGGGUAGUGACCUUACAGAUAAUAGUGCCUACCUAGUUUUCCAGAAUCAAGUGGAUUUCAUGGAAUCAGGUUUCACGUUCAGUUAAAUAUUAAAUUAUCAUCUCGGUAAUUUUUAUCACAGUUUAUAAUGCCAUAUGCACUUUAAAAUCUCUUGUCAGUAGCUUGAUUAUGAGACAAUCAAAUUUAUAAUCAUUUUUUCUUUGAAAUUGAGGUUAGGAACUGCCAAAGCCAGAAAUGCUGCAGACAAUUCAACAUUGCCAACACUUUUACUCCUCUCUGCCCCUGAGGUGAGCUUGUGGGGACAGAGUCAUUCUCAAAAAAACAUUCACUGUUUGAGUCCAAAGGAAAGAAGAGGUUAAACUAUAUACCUUUUGUCUUCCAUGUCUUGGGGUAAUACCACUGACAAGUUAUCCCUUUGAUAACUGUCCUUUCUCCCCACCCCUGUAUCCUCUCCCCUGCCCCCAAUCCGUGAUCCUUUUCAGGAGUUCAGUGUAGUAUUAAAGAGAGGUAUAAAGGCCCGGUAUUUCUUGUUUGUUAUUAAAAUUAAAUCAGUGCCCCAUCAAACGAGUUAAGAGUUAAGACUGAUGAUCUGCGAACACAUUCUUUGCUCCUGGUAUUAUUACCUGUACAAGUACUUUGUAUCUAUCUCCUUUUAGAUAAUGGCCCUUCUGAUUCCUACUCUUGCCUCCCAAGGAUUUGUAAUGUGUGUUACAGCAGAAACUAUCAAACAGGUGAACAAAGAGAAAGGCAGUCAGAUUGAGAAGGGGGCACUUAGGCCCCCUAAAAAGCUAUCUUUAAUCCCCCAAACACUUUGCUUUUUCUAGUAGAUGAAGGUGACAAGUCCAGACCUAACCAUAAUACUGCAGAGCACAUGGUGGAAAGAUGACAGGAGGAGACCAAAUGGUUGGAGGAAGGAGAAACUCUUAGAAUUGUAUUUUAUUCUCUAGUGAGCUUCAGUAACCUUUCUGCAUUCCUAUGUAACAAAAAGCCACCUUCCAAAAAAGAGAUUUUCGCCAAGGCAAAAUUCCAUACAUUGUGCCAGUGAGAAAUAGUUUUUUCAGACUGUAUGGUCCUGACCUUCUAAAUCUUAGGAGUCCUUGAAAUCUGGAAACACAUAAAUAAUCGUUCAGAUUAGACUGUUUUGACAUAAAGGAAGAUGUUGGGUGAUAGUAAGUGCGGGAGGUAUGAGGUUUCUUUAAUUAGCAGGGCCAUUUUGUAAUCUGUUGUAGAAUUUGAUAAAAUACACCAUUUCUCAAUGAGUUAUUUCAAAGGCUGCACAUUUGCUGUGAUUCAUGUUUGUACACGGAAAGGAUAGUAAGGUGUUUGUUUCAGGGUUUUUGUCUUGUUUUUUUAAUGUAGUGUAACAUUCCUAGUUAACCAGAGCUCUGGAAUCUUCCACCUGCUGGCCAGGUUUAUAAAAUUAAAAAAAAACCCAAUGUGCUGCCUUUAAAUUAAAAAAAAAAAACACUUUUCCAAGUGCUGAUCUUAUUUCACUUGCUAGAACAACAGGCCAUGAUUCCUUCUUUCCCUAUCAAAGUAGCUAAGUUUAGGGACAGGCAAACUGAACUGGCUGAUAACCUCUCUAGCUGUAGAAAAAUUAGAGGCCUUGUAUAGAAAAGUGAAUACUGAAAACCAUCCCAUAAAAUGCAUUUUCCAUCAUCUUCCACUUACGGUUGUCUAGAGAGAGGCCCAACACCUACAUCAAUUUGUGCCUUAAAAAUGCAUAAAAUUCUUUCAUUCCUAGCUCUUGGGCCCAAUUUUAAUCUUUUUGUUAUAGGUAGGCACUGUGUGGUAAUAGGUAGGUACACCAUACCAAGAUGCUAUGUGGUAGUGACUUCCACUAUUCUCUGCCUUUUUUAAAACUAUGUAAUGGUGGUUAUUGAGCACUGACAAAGGGAUAUGUCCAGUUCAGUUUGUCUGUGGUUAAAGUUUAGCCUUGUGGUUUCCUGUUUUCUCUUACUGAUAUGGAGUGCACUAGCAUACGCCACCGAAUGUUCAAGAGGAUAGCUGUAAUACACCUCAUACCUCUGCUUUCAGUUUAUUUUUUUGUAAUGCUUGUAUAAGCAUUUACCUUACUAGAUUCUAUUAAAAAAAUGGGUUAAAACCCACUUGCUGUAUGUUAAUUUGUAAUUAUUGUAAAGUAAAAGCAGUAAAAAAUGUAAAGUUUUUGGGUUUUUUUUUCCAGUGUGUCUUCUGGGAGUUUGCCUCAGCACACUGACUUUGUAACAAGCUUUUAUUUAUCUUCCUUUCUAGUUAUCGGCUUAAAAAUUCUUGUAAAGUUCCCCCUUCCCCACCUCGAAAAUAAAUAAAUAAAAAUUUUCUUUUGAGUCUA